AUGUCCUCGUCGCCAUUAACCCAGCGCACAACCCCUCUCUACCAAAAAGACGGGCACCUCUACACCCACACCAGCCCCAUAACCUCCAUCCAACCCCUCUCCUCCCUCCCCCUCGAAACCCAAUCCCUCUUCAAAGCCCCGCAAGACAACCCCCAAGAACCCUUCAUUCUCACCACGCCCUCGACAAUCUUCCACGCGCAGGGAGGCGGCCAGCCAUCCGACACGGGCACGAUCACAUCCAACGGGACGACUUUUGCCGUGCAUCAGGUGCGAAAACCAGCUGAAGAUGGCGCAAUAUUCCACCUGGGGACGUUUUCUCCGGAGGGCCAGAAAUUCGUCGAGGAGCAAGAUGGCGAGCAAAACAUCGACGUGGACAAGAGAGUCUUGCACUCACGCAUCCACACCGCCGGCCACGUCAUCGGCCUCGCCAUAAAUACCCUCAUGCUCUCCGGCUCCCUCCCCUCAGAUCUGCGCGACGGCAAGGCCUCACACUAA